AUGACACGGAUAGAGAAAAUUGACGUUGCAGAACCGCCGGACCAGACUGUCGCUUUCACGACGAUGGAGACGAGGCGCCUCCUCCGGAAGUUGGACAUCGCCAUCCUUCCUCUAGUCUCUACGAUGUAUCUACUUUCGUUUCUCGAUCGGUCCAACAUUGGGAAUGCUAGACUAGCUGGUCUUGAGCAAGAUUUAGGGAUGACUGGCUGGGAUUAUGCUACUGCAGUUUCAGUCUUCUUCCCUUUCUACAUUAUAUCCGAGGUACCGUCCAAUCUCGCCAUGAAAAGGUUCCGGCCGUCGAUCUGGAUUCCCUCGAUCAUGGUUGCUUGGGGCAUAGUCAUGACCCUCAUGGGCCUAGUGCACAACUUUGGAGGUCUGUUGGCUGCACGUAUGGCACUUGGUCUUGCUGAAGGUGGCUUGUUUCCUGGUGUUGCUUAUUACAUCACCUUAUGGUACCGUCGCCAUGAAUGCGGUUCCAGAAUUGCGAUCUUCUUCUCCGCCGCAACUGCUGCAGGUGCCUUUGGAGGCCUGCUUGCGCGUGGCAUCAUGGAAAUGGAUGGGAUUGCUGGGCUCAAUGGUUGGGCAUGGAUCUUCAUCCUUGAAGGUAUCCUGACCGUCAUAGUUGCUGGAAUCUCCUACAAGUAUCUAAACGAUUACCCCGACACCGCCAAGUUCCUGACCGAGAAGGAAAAGACUGAAGUCAUACGACGCCUGAAAGACGACAGCACGGCUUUAUCGAACGAAUUCCGCACUCAAUUCAUCAAGGAUGCUUUCAGUGACUGGAGAGUUCUUGUGCACUGUCUAAUCACCUUCACAAACUUCUUACCACUCUAUUCCAUCUCGAUCUUUCUGCCAACCAUAAUUCGGGGAAUGGGAUACACAAAUGAGACUGCUCAGUUGCUUACAGUACCGCUUUAUUUCCUUGCUUGUUUUGGCACUGUUGGCAUUGGCUUUGCUGCCGACAGACUUAGAAUACGUGGCCUAUUCGUCAUCGGACUUGCUGCACUGGCCAUCGUCGGAUUCAUCAUUCUCCUUACUGUCGACACAAAUGGCGUCAAAUACUUCGCCUGUUUCCUAGUAUUGCUCGGAAUCUAUCCAAACGUGCCACAGAUUACCUCUUGGAACAGUAACAACGUUGGCGGAUCUGUAAAGCGAGGUGUAGCCAUUGCUAUGCAGAUCGGAACGGGCAACAUGGGCGGCGCAGUCUCGGGAUUCAUCUUCCAGGCCCGCGAUGCUCCUCAUUACCGUACUGGCCAUGGCAUUCUCCUCGCAUUGUGCUGUUUGACUGUGUUGCUGGCUUCAUUCAUGACGUGGUAUUUGCGGAGAGAAAACAGCAUAAGAGAUUCCAAACAUAAGCCUCCUCACGAGUACACUCUUUUUGAACAAGAAGCGGAGGCAGAUAAAGGUGAUAAUGCUUCUUUCUUCCGAUACACCGUCUGA